UAUAGAUUGUGCAAAAUAGUUUACUUCAUUUCAUUCUCAACUUAAUUGCUUUAAUUUUUGCAUUAAUUGUUACUAUUAUAUUUAUGUUCAAAACUAUAUAGUUAAAUUUGUUUGAUUAUUCUGCUCAGCUUGGUUUUUUCACUGAAUGCAGAAGUUGUGGUGAACCCAACAAAAAUAUAAAUUAAAUUUGGAAUAGCAUGGCUGCUAUUGCACCUCAUUUGCUAAAGAUCCCUGCUUCAUUAACCUAUCAAAGAAGAAAUGAGCAAUUCCAAGGCUCUAAAGUCAUAACUUCAUCAGUAGGAAUGGUAGCACCUUUACAAGUAUGUAGAUUAAGAGUUCAAGCUUUCUCAGGGCUUCGAGCGAGUACCCCUUAUUUGGGUUCUUUGGGAAGCUUUAGGACCUUAGGUUUUGAUUCAAAUAUGAAGGAUGCAAUGUUUGUUCAUAGAGGGAGACCAAAGAGGGGUGUUAUUAAAGCGAUGUUUGAACGUUUUACCGAGAAAGCAAUAAAAGUUAUACUGGUUGCUCAAGAGGAAACGAGGCGCUUAGGUCAUAAUGUUGUUGGCACUGAGCAAAUCUUGUUGGGUCUUGUUGGUGAGGGGACUGGCAUUGCUGCCAGGGUUCUGAAAUCUGUGGGAGUUAGCAUGAAAAAUGCACGUAUUGAAGUUGAAAAGAUCGUUGGAAGAGGCGGUGGUUUCAUUCCUGUUGAAAUUCCAUUUAGUCCUCGUGCUAAGCAUGUUUUGGAACUGUCAUUGGAAGAGGCACGUAAACUUGGUCAAAAUUAUAUUGGCUCGGAACACUUGCUGUUGGGAUUGCUUAGUGAAGGUGAGGGCGUAGCUGCCCGUGUCCUUGAUAAUUUAGGUGUUGAUACAAAAGAGAUUCGUAAACAGGUCCUAAACAUGAUGGGUGAGAAAAAGGAAUCUGUUACUAUAGGUGGAAAUUCUAGUGACAGUAUGCCCACAGUGCAAGAGUAUGGCACAAAUUUGACAAAGGUGGCGCAAGAGGGAAAAUUAGAUCCUGUUGUUGGAAGGCACAAACAAAUAGAGCGCGUCAUCCAAAUACUGAGUCGUCGUACAAAAAACAAUCCUUGCCUCGUUGGAGAGCCAGGUGUUGGCAAAACAUCCAUUGCAGAAGGUCUUGCUCUGAAAAUUGCUAAUGGCGAUGUUCCAGAAACACUUGAGGGGAAGCAGGUCAUAACUCUUGACAUGGGUCGUCUGGUUUCUGGAACUAAAUAUCGUGGAGAGUUUGAGGGUAGACUGCAAAAACUAAUGGAAGAAGUUAAAGAAUCAAACGACCUGAUUCUAUUUAUUGAUGAAGUGCAUACUCUCAUUGGGGCUGGGGCAGCAGAAGGUGCAAUGGAUGCUGCAAACAUCUUGAAACCGGCUCUUGCAAGGGGUGAAUUACAGUGCAUAGGAGCCACAACCCUAGAUGAAUACAGACUACACAUUGAGAAGGACCCAGCAUUGGAGAGAAGAUUUCAGCCUGUUGAAGUGCCUGAACCCACAGUAGAUGAAGCAAUUCAGAUUCUCAGAGGGCUCCGCGAGCGAUAUGAGACUCACCACAAGCUCUCCUAUACAGAUGAAGCAUUAAUUGCAGCAGCAGAACUGUCAUCCCAGUACAUCAGUGAUAGAUUUCUUCCUGAUAAAGCUAUAGAUCUUAUCGAUGAAGCUGGUUCUCGGGUGCGAUUGCGCCAUGCGGAGCUUCCUGAAGAAGUAAGAGAACUUGAGAAACAGGUCAUGCAGAUUGUAAACGAAAAAGGUAGUGCUGUCCGCAACCAAGAGUUUGAGAAGGCUGCGGAAUUGCGGGAUAAAGAACUGGAUCUGAAGGUUCAAAUAUCUGCACUCAUGAGCCAAAAUAAGGAAAUGAAACAGGCAAACAUGGAUGAUGUUGGACCGGUUGUGACAGAAGCAGAAAUAAGGGAUAUAGUGUUUUCUUGGACAGGUAUACCAGUUCAGAAAGCCUCCAUUGACGAAUCAAAUCGUCUUCUCAAGAUGGAAGACAACCUCCAUGGCCGAGUUAUUGGUCAAGACGAAGCUGUCGAAGCCAUCAGCCGUGCGAUCCGCCGUGCUCGGGUUGGCCUAAAAGAUCCUAACCGUCUUGCCAGCUUCAUCUUCUCAGGUCCAACCGGUGUAGGAAAGUCAGAACUUGCAAAGGCUUUAGCAUCUUACUACUUUGGUUCUGAAGAAUCCAUGGUCCGCCUUGAUAUGAGCGAGUUCAUGGAGAGACACACGGUUUCAAAGUUAAUCGGAUCACCUCCGGGUUAUGUAGGUUACUCCGAAGGUGGCCAGCUUACUGAGGCAGUGAGGCGCCGCCCUUAUACUCUAGUCCUCUUUGAUGAAAUUGAAAAGGCUCAUCCCGAUGUUUUCAACAUAAUGCUUCAGAUUCUUGAAGAUGGAAGGCUAACCGAUAGCAAGGGCAGAACUGUAAAUUUUAAGAACACCCUUAUGAUUAUGACCUCAAAUAUUGGAAGCAGUGUGAUUGAGAAGGGUGGUCGGAGUAUAGGAUUCGAUCUAACUUAUAAUGAUCAUGACAGCAGUUAUAACAGAAUAAAGAACCUGGUGAUUGAGGAGCUUAAGCAAUACUUUAAGCCUGAGUUUUUAAAUAGGUUAGAUGAUAUGAUUGUGUUUAGGCAGCUUACAAAGUUGGAAGUCAAGGAGAUUGCAGAUAUCAUGUUGAAGGAAGUUUUCAGGCGGCUUGAAACCAAGGGCAUUGAUAUUCAAGUGACUGAGAAUUUUACACAGAGAGUAGUCAACGAUGGUUAUAGUCCAAGUUAUGGAGCGAGGCCGCUGAGGCGAGCUAUCAUGAGGCUUUUGGAGGAUAGCAUGGCUGAGAAGAUGCUUGCAAGAGAAAUUCAAGAAGGUGAUUCAGUUAUUCUAGAUGUUGAUUCUAGUGGAAAUGUCAUUGUGCUUAAUAGUAGUAAUAAUAAUUCUAGCUUGUUUUUUGAGUUGCUUCCAGUGUGAAGUUUAAAUGUAUAGUAAAAUCUUGAAUUUUUUGGAAUUUAGUUAGAGACAUGCUGGUCGUAUUUCAUCCCUCCAAUUUCUCACUGUUAUUCUUUCAUUCAAAAAUCAACAGUUGGUGGCUUGGUGCAAAUAUAACUUGUCUUUUAUAUGUAUUUGUUUGUUUCAAUAAGAAAACUUAAUUAAGAGCUGUUCUCUCAA